AUGAGUCACAAGUGCAAAUAUUGCAAUGCUCUUAAAUGGCAGGAAGAAUCCCCUGGCAUGUGUUGCAGCGCUGGAAAGGUGCAACUUGCACCCUUAGAACCUCUGCCCGAGCCUCUAUAUAGUUUGGUAAUGGGCAGACAUCCAAAGCACGUUCACUUUAUGAACAAUAUUAGAAAGUACAAUGGUUGCUUUAGUAUGACAUCAUUCGGCGGUAAGCAGGUUCUACAAGAUGGCUUUAUACCGACCUUUAAAGUUCAGGGGCAGGUAUAUCACUUGGUAGGAAGUCUGCUGCCAUUACCUGAACAGGAAGCUCAAUUUCUUCAAAUUUAUUUUGUGGGAGAGAAUGACAGGGAAGUGCGUUUAAGAUGUAGCAAUUUUUCAGAUGUCAAACAGGGAUUAGUCAAAGAACUACAGAGAAUGCUACAUGACGUCAACACCUAUAUAAAGGACCUGAAAACCACUUUGGAUAAGGUAUCUCCAAAUUGCAAAAAGUUUGAAGUUGUUAUCCAUGCAGACAGAAAACCAGAUGACGCUCAUAGAGGUUGCUUUAACGCACCAAUAGCAAAUGAGGUAGCUCUGGUGAUUGUGGGUCAGGAAUUCAACAAGCGAGACAUCGUGCUGCAGAGCCACGAUAACAAACUGCGGCGCAUCAGCGAGGUCCACCGGUCGUACGACGCCUUGCAGUACCCGCUCAUGUUUUGCCGUGGCGAGGAUGGAUACUCGAUUGCCAUUCCUCAGCGAGACCAUCAGACCAAGUUGCAACAUAAGAAUUUAGUUUCCGCAGCGAGCUUUUACUCAUAUCGAAUUAUGAUUAGAGAAGGGGAAGUCAAUCACUUAGUGUACUUCCGUUCUCUUUUUAGUCAGUUUCUGGUUGACAUGUACGCCAAAAUAGAGACAGAAAGGUUGAACUAUAUUAGGAACAACCAGGCGCAGCUUAGGGCAGAAAGCUACAUUCACCUGAGGGAUGCCGUGGGAAGGCAGGAUGCUGACGUUUCUCGGCUGGGUAAAAUGGUGGUGCUUCCGUCAUCUUUCACUGGAGGACCUCGCUACAUGCAUGAGCGGACACAAGACGCAAUGACAUACCUUCGCUACCACGGCCGUCCUGAUUUGUUUAUCACUUUUACCUGUAAUCCAAAGUGGAAGGAUAUAACAGAUGCAUUAUUGCCUGGGCAAAAAACUCACGAUCAACACGACAUUAUAGCAAGGGUAUUUCAUCUUAAGGUGAAGAAAAUGAUGGCUCUAUUGAAUAAAGGUAGUCUGUUUGGAAAAGUGUGUUGCUAUAUGUACUCUGUGGAGUGGCAAAAGCGAGGUCUGCCUCACAUACACAUAUUGCUGUGGCUAGAGCAGCGCAUCUUCUCUGAUAUGAUCGACAAAGUCAUCUGUGCAGAAAUACCUAAUCCUUUAAAAAACUCUCUUCUACACAAUAUCGUUAAAGCCAACAUGAUUCAUGGUCCAUGCGGGGGCUUAAACCACAAUUCGCCUUGCAUGAAAAAUGGUAGCUGCAGUAAGAGGUAUCCGCGAAUAUUUCAAAAUAACACUCAGACAGGAGGCGAUGGAUACCCACAGUAUCGGAGGAGGUCUCCAGCUAAUGGUGGAUACACCGUAGAAAUCAAUGGAAUAGAACUGGACAAUCGUUGGGUGGUGCCGUACAACCCUGUAUUGUUACGUAUUUUUAAUGCUCAUAUUAAUGUGGAAUUAUGCAAUUCUGUAAAGUCUAUUAAAUACAUUUGCAAGUACGUGAACAAGGGAAGUGACCAGGCGGUUUUUGCCCUGGAGAGUGAGAAGGAUGAGGUGAAGAUGUACGAGAGUGGGCGGUACAUUAGUAGCUCAGAGGCGGUUUGGAGAAUCUUGGCGUUCCCAAUACAUGAGAGGUACCCCUCUGUCUUCCAUCUCAAUGUUCACCUUGAAAAUGGUCAGCGUGUGUACUUCAACUCUACAAACUUAAUUGAGAGGAUGAAUAACCCACCUCAGACAACACUAUUGGCUUUUUUUGAACUUUGCAAAACUGACGAAUUUGCAAAAACUCUCCUGUACUAUGAGGUUCCUUCAUACUAUGUUUGGAAAAAUAAUAAGUUCGAGAGAAGAAAGAGGGGGAAAGAUGUGGAUGGUUGGUCAGGAAUAAAGAAGGACCACGUACUGGGAAGAGUGUAUACCAUCCAUCCAAACAACACUGAGUGUUAUUAUCUACGUUUGUUGCUACAUGAAAUUCGAGGUCCAACGUCUUUUUUAGAUCUGAGGACUGUGAAUGGUGUCCUCUGUUCCACAUUCCAGUCUACAUGCAAGGCAUUAGGUUUAUUGGAAGAUGACAAGCAAUGGGACAAUACCUUGGAGGAAGCUGCAUUAUGUGAUUCACCUUUAAAGCUGAGGGAGCUUUUCACAGUGAUGUUGGCAUUUUGCCAACUUUGUGAACCUCUGAGUCUUUGGGAAAAGUACAAAGACAGCUUCUCAGAGGAUAUUAUGCGACAGGUAGAGAGAGAGUUGAAAGGUAGUGCGCAGAACAUGAUAGAUGAGGUGUACAACAGAUGCCUGGUAAUGAUUGAGGACGCAGUGAUGUCUUUGGGAGGACAGGAGUUGGAACAGUAUGGCCUGCCUCAGCCAAAAAGGUUUGGAGAGGUAUUGGGGAACAGAGACUAUUUGAGGGAGACAAACUACGAUGUAAAUGCCUUGGAAGAAGUGGUAUUGAAUAACGAGGGUUUAUUAACAGAUGAGCAACUCGCUGUCUAUCGGCAGGUUCUUAGUAGCGUAGAGUCAGGAGAUGGUCAGGUAUUUUUCUUAGAUGCUCCAGGUGGUACUGGGAAAACCUUCCUCAUCAACUUACUUCUGGCGAGGGUAAGGAGAGAACGUGGAAUUGCCUUGGCUGUUGCGUCGUCAGGUAUCGCUGCUACUUUGUUGGAGGGAGGGAGGACCGCUCACGCUGCUUUUAAGCUUCCUCUGAAUUUAAUUCAAACAGAAAUACCUCUGUGCUAUAUUUCAAAACAAAGUAACAUGGCUAAAGUACUACGGGAUUGUAAGCUCAUUGUUUGGGAUGAAAGUACCAUGGCACAUAAGGGGGGUUUUGAGGCAUUGAGCACAACCCUCAAAGAUAUUAGGAAUAACGAUGGAGUAAUGGGGGGAGUGACCGUGCUGCUUGCUGGAGAUUUCAGACAGACUUUGCCAGUAGUGCCAAGGGGAACUCGAGCAGACGAAGUUAAGGCGUGUGUAAAGAAAUCACAUUUGUGGUCCCUUAUCAGGAAAAUCUCUAUCAGGAAAAACAUGAGGAUACACUUGAAAGGUGAUGUUUUUGCAGGGCAAUUUUCAAAACUACUAUUAAAAAUUGGAGAUGGAGAGUAUCCUGAGACGGAAGGAAAAGUGAUUAUUCCUGCAAAUCUAGGUUUAGUAGUAAAAAGCCUAGAGAGUCUUAUUAAUAAGAUAUACCCUGAUAUUGCGGAUAUCAAAGAAAAAUCUAUGGAUUGGCUGUGCGAGCGUGCCAUUCUGACCCCUAGGAAUGAUAAAGCUGGUGUCAUUAAUGACAUUCUUCUUAAAUCAUUCGAGGAAGGAGAAAUGAAUUACAGAUCUGUGGACUCGGUGGUAGAUACGGAUGACGCGGUCAACUACCCAGUAGAGUUUCUUAACAUAAUGAACCCUCCUGGCUUACCAGCCCAUAAGCUUUUUCUUAAAGUGGGGGCACCAGUGAUGUUGUUGAGAAAUUUGAAUCCGCCAAAACUUUGCAAUGGCACAAGACUUCAAGUGAAGGCUCUACAUAGAAAUGUUAUCGAGGCCACAAUAUUCACCGGAUGUGCACGGGGAGAGACGGUAUUUACACCACGCAUACCACUAAUAUCGUCAGAGUAUCUUUUUGAGUUUAAGAGGUUGCAGUUUCCUAUCAAAGUUUGUUUUGCGAUGACUAUCAACAAGUCCCAGGGGCAGUCGUUAAAAGUAGCAGGAAUUGAUUUAAGUGAAGACUGUUUCUCACAUGGGCAGUUCUAUGUGGCAUGUUCGAGAGUGAGCUCACCAAACAGUCUUGUGAUACUAGCGCCUGAAGGGAGAACCACUAAUGUGGUAUACAAAGAAGUUCUAAAAUAG